AUGGGAUCCACAAAUAGUAAGGAAGAAUUAGUUUAUCAAGUUUCAAAGCUUUUAGAGCAGCAGGGAAUGGCAGUUAAGCAGCGCACCAUAGAAGCCUUCCUUGGAACAGUGGUUUCAGCAAGUCCGUGGUUUUUAACGGGAGGAGGCUUAAAUAUUUCAGAUUGGGGACAAGUAAAAAGGGACCUACAGAAACGCUUACAGAGAGAGGGCACCGAUAGUUUUCCUACUUCCAUCUUUUCGCUAUUGCGCUUAGGCCAUGAUGCUCUGCAUACUGACAAAGUUAAGGUCAGGCAGGAGGUUGCCGCGGCUAAGGAAAUACUAGAGGAAAUACAGGAGGAAGAGACCCGUCGAUCCCUCAGGUCGGCAGAGGGAUUUCAGGGGGACAGAAAGUCUGACAUGGUUGAACGAACUUCGGAACCUAAUGACAGCUUGGGCCUUACGCCCAAGUCUGUGCGUCUGCGGGCUAUACCUCAGACCCAUCUAGAUUCUGAUUCUGAGGGUAGCCCCACCUCUAGUACAGAGGAGAGCUUAUUUGAUGAGGAGGAACAGUUAACACAGGAAAUUAAGGCACUCCAGAAAAAACUACAACACUGUAAGGCCAAAAAUACCCCAAUAACGACAACUCCAUCAGUCCCGCCCGCCUAUAGUGAAGAUUGGGGACAGGGAGUGACCCAUUGGGGUAUUAAUAACAAUUGGGAGAUCGGAGAUGAAAAAAGAAGACAAGGGGGUAUCCAGUUUUGGCCUCGGCAUACAGUCGCUCCAGUUAUAGAGGUGCCCGACCCGAAUAACCCCGGUCAGGCACUGAGGCAGCAUGUGGCCCUGAGCUUCAAAGAAAUGAAGCAACUGAAGGAGGCUGUGUCCGCUUACGGCGCUCAGGUGCCAUUUACGCUUGCUAUCGUAGAAUCCUUCACGGUGUUAAACCUUACACCUAGUGAUUGGCAACAGUUAUGUCGUGCAGUAUUGUCUGGGGGCGAUUACCUGCUGUGGAGGGGUGAAUACCAAGAGAAUUGCGUACACACAGCCCGGUUGAACGCACAGGCAGGACAGGCGCAGCGUAAUUUGGACAUGUUGACAGGGGCCAGAGCCUAUGCGGAUUUGGCCAAUCAGAUUGUGUUCGACCCUGCAGUAUAUCUGCAAGUGGUGGCCGCUGCUACUAAAGCAUGGAAGGCUCUCCCCAACAAGGCGUCAGGUGAUCAGUUGUCCAAGUUCCUACAAGGACCCUCUGAACCCUUCCAAGAUUAUGUAGAUAGGUUGUUACAGUUGGCAGGCAAGCUAUUUGGCAAUGUAGCCACAGCAAUGCCCAUAGUGAAACAAUUGGCAUAUGAGAAUGCCAACAAAUACUGUAAAGAGGCCUUGCGCUCGCAUAGGGCCAAGAGUCUAAAUGAAUAUAUUCGGAUCUGCCGGGACAUUGAUGGGCAUUUUAUUCAGGGCCAGGUCAUUGCUGCUGCCCUUAGGCCCGGGCAUGGACCCCGGGCCACUGGCAAUAAGACCUGCUUCAACUGCGGCGCCUCGGGCCAUUUCAAAAGGGAGCGCCCACAACUUGCUCAAGGGACAACUACCAGACCAGGGAGGUGUCCCCGUUGUAGGAAGGGAGCCCAUUGGGCUAAUAAUUGCAGAUCUAAAACAGAUAUAGACGGAAGGCCGCUCCCUUCCCAAGAUCAGCAGCAGGGAAACGGGUGGAGGGCCUCGCUCCAGGGCCCCAGAACCUCAGUGUAUGGAGCAAUGACGCCAGGAAUCAGGGGAACUUACUCCGGCAGUGGCCGUAUCCAGUUCAUCCCACAGGGCAACCCUUUCGCAUUACAGACCUCGCCCGCGCCACCCCAGGAAGCACAGGACUGGACCUCAGUACCUCCGCCCGAGCAAUCUUAA